UACAAUAAUAUGCUAUUUUAGUGACAAUCUGGGGCACGGAGGUAGCGUUACGCGGUCGCAGCCACCGCAAGUUAAACCCGCCACACAAUACGUCUGUAUUCUAAUUGUGUUAACUUACAACUUGUACUUAAUGGCUUCAAAGGUCGUAAGGAAGUUACCAGAUGACUUAAAACUUGGUGUCGCGACGGCUGCCUUUCAAAUAGAAGGUGCAUGGAGUGAAGCGGAUAAAUCUCCGAGUAUUUGGGACAACUUCUGCCACAUUCCCGGCAAAAUCAAAGACGGCACAACCGCUGAUGACGCUUGCAAAUCUUAUAAUUUCUACAAACGCGACAUUGAAAUGUUAAAAUAUUUAGGUGUCGAUUUCUACAGAUUCUCCAUUUCAUGGCCAAGAAUUCUACCAAAUGGAUUCGCAGAUAAAAUAAGCGAAUCCGGUAUUGAAUACUAUAACAAACUGAUCGAUGAAUUACUAUCAAAUAAAAUUGAACCAGUAGUAACUAUGUACCAUUGGGACUUGCCUCAAAAUCUUCAAGAUUUAGGUGGUUGGACAAAUCCUUUAAUGGCUGAUUGGUUUGAAGAAUAUUCGAGAGUGUUGUAUAAAUCAUUCGGCGAUCGAAUUAAAACUUGGAUCACUAUCAACGAACCUAAACAAAUAGGUCUAUUUGGUUAUGGUCUUAAGAGAUUUGCUCCCGGCAUUAAUGCCCAUGGGAUUGGAGAGUAUAUAGCUGCUAAAAAUAUUGUUCUUGCUCAUGCGAAAGCCUGGCAUGUUUAUGAUAAGGAGUUUAGAGAGAAACAAAAAGGUGUCUGUGGUAUAACCAUAGCUACUGACUUCAGAGAAGGAGCAACAUCAUCUCCAGCAGACAUUGACGCUGGCUUAGAUGCUAUACAAUUCGAAGUUGGAUUGUACGCGCAUCCGAUAUUUUCAGACGAAGGAGGAUUUCCGGACCGUGUUAAACGUCUUGUUAAUAAAAGAAGCAAAGAACAAGGUUAUCCUAAAAGCAGAUUACCAGAAUUUACAAAAGAUGAAAUUGAAUUUGUUAAAGGGACCAGUGAUUUCUACGGCUUCAAUCAUUAUUCAACAAAGUUUUACACCAGGGUUGGUUUCGAGCGAGGAAUGUACCCAGAACCUUCUUACGAUGAUGAUAUCGGUGCUAUAGCUUCGUAUUUGGAUUACGAACAAGGAGCUAUCCCUCAUGUUACGGUUAUUCCGCAAGGCAUACGAAAAGCUCUCAAAUGGGUCAAAGAGUCUUACAACAAUCCACCAAUUAUGAUCACAGAAAAUGGCUACGGCACUUUAGGAGGUAUCGAAGAUUACGACAGAAUAUCAUAUUUCAAAAAAUACCUCAAUUGUAUUUUGGAUGCAAUCGAAAUAGACCAUUGCAACGUAUUGUCAUAUACUGCUUGGAGCCUAAUGGAUAAUUUUGAAUGGGAUUCAGGACUAAGUAUUAAAUUUGGUUUAUUCCAAGUGGACUACGAAGACGAUAGAAGAAAACGAACGGCUAGAAGCUCGGCAAUGUGGUAUCGAAACUUAUUAUCAACGAAAACUUUGAAUUUGGAUCAUGUACCUGUGUUGGAAGAUAUAAGUUUUUGACAUCUUUUGUAAACUAUUUAUGUUUAUG